AUGAGUAGUGGGCUUCCUGCAAGCUGGUUCACAUCUGAAAUUCCCACAAGAGGUGAAACAGAUCAGCGAGAGCGUGAUCGACAGAGUCAGGAACACCGAGAGCGCGUCUUACAGAUAUCAAGAGCCUCACAAAACGAAAUGGCUUUAAGGAAUACUUUUCGACUCGGAAAUGACGGCAGUUCGUCUGUUCUCACAAGACCUUUGCUUACUGCUGACUCACAAAGCCCAAUUAGAGAAAGAGACUCAGGUCCAAUCACGAUGGAGCCAGCUGUUCGGCUGGAAUUGAAGGAUAGUGGUACGGACGAAGAUGUCGUGAUGGCGGAAAGUGGUGAUGUAGUCAACACAGCGCUCAUUCAGCGGUUCGAAGAGCAGGCUCACGACAAACUGAAUGAAUGCAUCAAGCUGAUAGAAGGAAGGCGGGACGUUCUACUACAGUCGUUCGAAUCUGAUAAUGUUCUUUUACAACAGUUACAACGGGAUAGUGGGCGCGAGAGCUCGGAUCCCGAAUUCAUAUCCGGCAUGAACCGCCUUCAGCGCGUUAGAUUGCGUGCUAUCGAGAUGGAAACACUACAACUUCAGCGGGUAAGGCUUUAUUUCAAGAAUAGGAUGUCAGAGUUCAGAAGUCUAGUUCGUAAUUACCUAAUGGCACAGGCGAGGGGCGAGUAUGCCGAAAAUCCUUUGACAAUUUCAAGAAACAUGUUCAGUGGCCUCGACCCAUAUUUGGCAACGGGAAUGAAGCUGGCAUUAGCUGGAAAGGAGGAAGUUGCAAGUCAGAUUGAGACUACGGGCCUCAGAGAGCGACUGCUGUAUCCAUUACAGGAGCCUCCUGUCAAGAGAAAGUUCCCGCUUAAGCAGCUACCUGCCGAAAUCUUGAGUCUAGUGCUCGAUAGACUGUCUCAGAGGGCAGAGGUUGUCAAACUGCUGUCUGUAUGCAAGUUCUGGGCCGAAAUUAUAGUAAAAUUGCUUUACUACAGACCCCACAUCAAUAAAAAGUCCCAGCUCGAUUUAUUUAUGACUACAAUGCAAAAGCCAUCAUCCCAGACUACUUUCGAUUACAGAGCUAUGGUGAAAAGACUGAACUUUUCAUUUGUGGGAGAUUAUAUGACAGACGAACAGCUUAUACAAUUUGUGGGCUGUCCUAACCUGGAAAGAUUAACUCUGGUGUUUUGCAAGCAUAUUACAAGCUCCUCGAUAGCUCGUGUACUUCAAGGUUGCAAAUUUUUACAAAGCGUUGACAUCACGGGUAUCAAAGAGGUUUCCGAUAGCAUUUUCAACACUUUGGCUUAUCAGUGCCAGCGCGUACAGGGUUUCUAUGUUCCGCAAGCCAGAGAUGUUUCAUUUACUGCAUUGCAUACGUUUAUUACGCAUGUUCCGUUACUAAAGAGGGUCAAGAUUACUUCUAAUGCCAAUAUGAAUGACAACCUCGUUACUUUACUAGCAUCGUUGUGUCCGCUUCUUGUAGAGGUCGACAUCACCCUAUCACCUAAUGUUCACGACCAGAGCCUUGUCUCCCUAUUCUGUCAAUUGAGUCAGUUACGAGAAUUUCGAAUAACUCAUAACUCAAACAUCACCGACAAAUUUCUCAAGGAACUUUCUUUGAAAGUUGACCACCUACCCGCGUUGAGAUUAAUCGACCUUUGUGACUGCGAAAAUAUUACAGACAAAAGUGUUGAAAGGCUUGUCGCUCUCGCGCCCAAAUUGCGUAAUGUGUUUUUUGGCAAAUGUAGUAGACUCACAGACACUUCCUUAAUUCACUUAGCACGUUUGGGAAAGAAUUUGCAAACUAUACAUUUUGGGCACUGCUUCAAUCUGACCGAUAAUGGGGUGAGAGUACUCAUUCAGUCUUGUCCCCGGGUUCAGUACGUUGAUUUCGCCUGCUGCACUAACUUGACUAAUCGGACCCUGUAUGAGUUGGCGGAGCUCACAAAAUUGAAGCGGAUUGGUUUAGUCAAAUGCUCUCAGAUGACGGAUGAGGGUUUGCUAAAUAUGAUGGCUCUUCGAGGAAGAAACGACACCUUAGAAAGGGUCCAUCUGUCAUAUUGCUCGAAUUUGACAAUCUAUCCAAUUUACGAACUUUUAAUGGCUUGUCCAAAAUUAUCACAUCUCUCUCUUACUGCCGUUCCUUCUUUUUUGAGGUCAGACAUUACCGCGUUUUGCCGAGCUGCACCUCCAGAUUUCAGUGACAAUCAGAGGCAGAUUUUCUGUGUUUUUUCAGGGAAAGGUGUUCAUAAGCUAAGACAUUACUUGAUGAGUUUAACCGCCCCAACCAACGGACCUCAAACAAAUGUUCGUGAAGUGCUGACCAAUUUCAUUGUUCUCAAGAGUCUCAUUAAGGAUGGUGAAGAUCUAGAAGCUGGAAUGCGGAGGGUUGCUAGCGAACUCAAUCAAGAGACUCCGGCAAUACUAGCUGCGACACAUAGCCUUACACCACUUAACGCUAUGAAUAAUAACGAUUUCGCAUUUCAGAACAUAAACUUUGAGAGACUCGAAGAUGUCUUCUUUGCAUUACAUCAUUUCCCACAAGAUAGAAUACUGGAUGAAAACGACGUUGAUAGACUCUUUCCCCUGAUCGAUGAAGAGUUUUGUGAAGAUCCAGAUGCCGAACAAUUUGAGGGUGUCGAUGGUUGCGUGGCACCAGAAGCGUCAGCAGAUUUGAACAGCGAGCUUGCACAAAUGGUAAGGAAAUUUCAUGACUUGCAAGAGCGCGUGUGUGAUUUCGAAGUUAACGUGGCAAGCAUGGUACGGGUUCAAUUUCAGUUCGCAGGUGCAUUGUUGAAUGAAAUGACUCAAAUAUAUUUUCAAAUGGUUGACCUCAACCGUUGUAUUUCCCAAAUACAGUCCAGGGUUUACGAAAUGGGAGACGAAAAGAAUCUAAAGGGAUUAACCAUCUGGCGUAUCAUAUGGCAAGAAAAGUUUGAUCAUAUGUUGGAAAAAUAUGAGCUCACAACUGUUGUUCUCAGGCUUUACUUGAGGGAUAAUGUUGCUGCUUUGACACGCCAAAGAGAGCUAUUUCUCGCUCGUCAGCGAAUACCAGCCGAUCUGCAACCUAGGGUAGAUGGCGAUGAAGCCUCUCCUCCUUCUGAGGUAAAUCCUUGGAACUCUGACCAGAGUGAUGGAAGCAACCGUUGGAGAAGAUUUGAGAUGCGGAAUGAGAUGCGUAUGGUACAGUUUGGUCUGCGUGGACUUCCUGGCCCACCAGGUGGGCUUCCUCCCAUGCAGACCUUUUUUCCGACUAACAUGGCACCAACUGAUACUUCGCAGGAUGAAGAUGAAUAUUUAGAAGACGCAUGA